AUGACCAUUAACGAACCGUUCGACGUGGACGAAAUUCUCGUCGAUCUGACUCUGAAAGAGAAGAUGCAGCUGCUGAGCCUCAAAAACUACUGGGAAACGUGCGACGUGCCGCGGCUGGGGGUCCCAUCGCUCCGACUCAGCGACGGCCCCAAUGGCGUGAGGGGCUCGAAAUUCUUUGGUGCGCCGCCUGCCGCGUGCUUCCCCUCCGGCACCGCUCUGGGAGCCACUUUUAACGCAGAGCUGGUGGACGAAGCAGGAAGAAUGAUGGCCAUGGAGGGAAAGUCCAAGGGCGUUCAUGUCAUUCUGGCGCCGACCUGCAACAUCGUUCGGGGCCCGCUUGGAGGACGGGGAUUCGAGUCCUUCAGCGAGGAUCCGUACCUGUCGGGCGUGCUGGCGGCAGGGAUCAUUAAUGGCAUUCAGAGCCAGGGCCUGGCCGCAUCGAUCAAACAUUUUGUGUGCAAUGACCAGGAGCACGAGAGAAAGGGGGUAGAUAUUCUUGUCACCCAGAGAGCGCUCAGAGAGGUGUAUUUGAUGCCAUUCCAGCUGGCUCUGAGUCUGUCGUCGCCCAAAUGCGUCAUGAGCUCGUACAACAAGGUCAAUGGUGAGCACGUCUCAGGCUCGAGAGAGCUGCUCACCACAGUCCUCAGAAACGAGUGGGGGUGGCAGGGCACGGUGUUGUCGGACUGGUACGGCACGUACUCGGCUGAAAGGAGCAUAGACGCGGGGGUGAGCAUCGAGUGUCCUGGCCCACCACUUAUGAGGAGGCCAGACGCCCUGAUCCAUGCUGUGGUCUGUCGCGAGAUCGAUAACGGCGCAGUUGACCAGCGGGUCCGAGAAGUCCUAAAUCUCGUGAAGCACUUUGUUGACACGGGGGCAGCAUUUGGGGCUGCGGAGAUUUCGAAUGACGUUCCUGAGACACGCAGGCUGCUUAGAAGAAUUGCAACCGAGUCGAUUGUGCUCCUGAAAAACGAUAAAAACCUGCUACCGCUCAAAAAGUCGGAAACCGUCGCGGUGAUUGGGCCGAAUGCCAGGAGCCCUCGUAUGUACGGCGGCGGGUCUGCAGCCCUGACCCCGUACUAUACAACCACCGUCUACGACAGCGUUCGCUCGAAACUUGGCAGUGAGCCUCCCUACGCUCUGGGCUGCACAAUCGACCGAAACCUGCUGGACCUCGGACUUUUCUCCAGCUACGCAGGCAGACAGGGCGUUCGAUGUCGCGUGUACAAGCGACCAGCAGGCGCGUCCAAACGCACAUUAAUAGAAGAAUUUUACUCCCAGUCGACCAAGCUCCCCCUGUACGACUACAGCCAUCCCGACCUGGAUGACAAGCUGUUUUACAUGGACAUCGAGGGCAUCUUCACGGCGCACCAGGCGGGAGACUACGCGUUCAAAGAAUCUUGUCUCGGCACGUUGCUACUCUAUCUCGACGGCGAGCUUUUCAUCGAUGACAAGACCGAGCAAAAACAGAGCUCGGGCGUGAUUGCGUCCAGCUCCCUCGGAGCCACAAAAUAUAUAUAUCUCGAGAAGGGCCAGAAGGUGCACUUCAGAAUCGAGUUUGGCUCUGCGCCCAAUUUCACUUUAAGCUCUGGAGGGCCCAACGGUGGGUGCGGGUUUCUCGACGUGGCAGUCAUGAGGAGGCAAGACGAGUCCGAGAGAAUUCUCGAGGCCGUCGAAGUGGCUACCAAAGUGCAGAAAGUCAUUGUCUGCACCGCAACGUCUCACGAAUGGGAAAGCGAGGGUUUCGACAGCACCUCCAUGGAACUGCCCGGAGUCCAGGACAGACUGAUCAAGGCGGUUGCGGAAGUCAACGGUAACGUGAUCGUAGUCAACUUAUCGGGCACUCCCGUUGCCAUGCCGUGGAUAGACCAGGUGCCGGCCGUGGUGCAGGGCUGGUUCAACGGGAUGGAGAGCGGCAAUGCUAUAGCCGACGUGCUGUACGGCGAAGCCAAUCCGUCGGGCAAGCUGAGUAUGACGUUCCCACGCCGGUGCGAGGACAACCCGUCGUUUCUGAACUUCAGAUCCAACAACGGGCAGAUACUGUAUGGCGAAGACGUAUUCGUGGGCUAUCGUUACUACGAAAAGACAGGAAUUGUCCCGCUAUUUCCGUUCGGUCAUGGGCUCUCGUACACCUCGUUCGAGCUCUCAGACUUGCAUCUGGAGCUGGAGGACGAGUGGAUGUAUGUGACUGUCACAGUGCAUAAUACAGGCGCUGUUGCCGGCCAGGAGGUGGUGCAGCUGUACAUUGCGGCUCCAGAAGACCUCAGCAGCGUAGAAUUGCCUCUCAAACAACUCAAAGGGUUUGCCAAGGUGCAGGUUCUGCCGGGCAGGUCGGCUACAGCUUCCAUCAGAUCCGCUGUCCGCAACGCGUGCUCGUACUUCGACGUAGCGCUCAACAGGUGGGUGAUUCCCAAGGGCACGUACACUGCAAUGGUCGGCAACUCCUCGGCGGCGUCCGGUUUUCUGCUAAAAACCUUCAGCUUCGAGCGGACACGUUCCUGGACCGGUCUAUAG